CGCACUCAGACCGGCGCGCACAAGAGCGGACCGAGGUACCGACGGCGCUCGAGCCCGUGGGCCGGGCGGAAGCUGAGGAUGACGAGCCGCGAGGACCGCUAUUUGGCCGCUUGCGCUCAGCUCGCGCUGCCCACCAAUCCGUACGUCGCGCGCGUCCUGCGAGGGUCCGACCAGGGAGCGACUUCUUCGGGAAGCGGGCUGAUCAUCAGGCUGCCGGGUAACGAGCGCCUACCUCCGGUACAGAGGCUGACGGACCGCGACGCUCUCGCGCUCUGCGGCGCGCUGCGCGGGCACGUGGUGGUGGCCGACCUGGACUUGAGCUUCAACAGAAUGACGGACACAGGAGCGAAGUACAUCGCAGAGCUGCUGCAGGACCGCGUGGACGUUAAAUCGCUGGACCUGUCCUGCAACGACAUCGAAGCCGAUGGAGCAGAACACCUGGCCAAGCGCCUACAAGUAGGUGGACGCACUUGUACCUGUGUUUCGUUUCGGUGUGCUGCCCGAACCCUAACCCUGCACUGCUGGCUACUGGGAGCUUCCUUUGUCUUCAAGAGGAACGGAAGUUUGCGGACGCUGAGGAUGAAAGGCAAUAAGAUUGGAGACAAAGGAGGGAUGAACUUUGCUGACAUGUUGCAGAGCAAUUCCACCUUGGAGGAGAUGGACCUCUCAGACUGCGAUCUAGCUACACAGAGUCUGAUUGCAUUUGCUGUUGUCUUAAGUAAGAACAAGACCAUCCGGGCAAUUAAUGUGAGCCGUCCACUGCUCUACAGCCAUCAGGAGGAGACCACGGUGUACUUUGCACAGAUGCUCCAGGUGAACCAGUCCUUGAGGGAACUGCAUCUUGCAAAACACGGCAUGACGGACUCAGGUGUGGAGAGGCUUUGCGAAACACUGAGAGACAAUGUUGCACUUCGUUACCUGGACCUUCGCUGCAAUCGCAUCACACGGGAUGGAGCAAAACACCUGGCAGAGGUGCUGAAGCAGAACAGGACCCUGGAGGUUCUCGACUUGUCCUCGAACCGGAUAGAGGAUGAUGGAGCGGUGCACCUCAGUGGUGCCAUUAUGCUGCAUAAUCACACCUUGAAAGCCCUGUCCAUCACCAGCAACAACAUUGGCUCCCAGGGACUGGUGUCCCUCACCAAAGCCAUGGCAGCCAACUCAGCCCUGUCCCACAUUUACAUAUGGGGCAACAAGCUGGAGGAGCCCGUGUGUGUGGCAAUCGCAGGUCUCAUUCAGAGCAGGCGGCUGCAAGAGGAGGCCACGGAUGUGUCCCCAUACCAGGUGGACGGACACAUGUAUCUGGCAGAGGUCAACCACCGGCUGAGGGGUCACUACUAGAGGACAAACUCCUCCA